GCAUUCCGUCUCCGGCGCCGCCCUCGCCGCUGCCAUGGCGGCAGCUCUGCCACUCUCCAAGGCCGAGUAUCUGAAGCGUUACUUGUCCAGGGCAGAUGCCGGCGUCGGCGGGGGCUCCGAGUCCAUUCUCAAGCGUCGCAAAAAGCGGCCUAAGCCUGGCAGUGCCGGCGGCAAGGGAAUGCGCAUUGUGGAUGAUGAUGUGAGCUGGACAUCUAUCUCCACCAGUAAGCCAGAGCCAGAGGAAGAGGAAGAUGAUGGAGAUUUGCCUGUGGUGGCUGAAUUUGUGGAUGAGAGACCAGAAGAGGUAAAGCAGAUGGAAACCUUUCGUUCCAGUGCCAAAUGGAAGCUUCUGGGAGACCACAGUGAGGAUCUACCUUCACACAGACAUCUCCGUCAUGACUGCCUGGAUUCAUCUCCUCCUAGGAGGGUCCGUCACGACACCCCGGAUCCUUCUCCUCCUAGGAGGGUCCGUCACGACACCCCAGAUCCUUCUCCUCCUAGGAGGGUCCGUCACGACACCCCGGAUCCUUCUCCUCCUAGGAGGGUCCGUCAUGACACCCCAGAUUCUUCUCCUCCUAGGAGGGUCCGUCACGACACCCCAGAUCCUUCUUCUCCUAGGAGGGUCCGUCAUGACACACCGGAUCCUUCUCCUCCUAGGAGGCCCCAGCAAGAUUCACCGGAUCCCUCUCCUCUCAGGAAACAUUAUCGUCCUUCAGGUGUAUCUCCUAAGAGGGCCCAUCACAGUUCCUCAGAUAUCUGUCCCCAUAGAAGGGCCGGUAACAGCUCCCCUGACACUUCUCAACCAAAAAGGACUCUUGAUUCCUUGGAUUCAUCACAGAUCAAGAGGUCCUAUCAUGACUCCCCUGAUUUGUCACCUGGUGUUCCUCAUUCACUGCCUAGAACCAAAAGCAGUAAAGUCCCAGAAAAAUCCUCUAGCAAAAGUUCUUCACAUCGGAAGGGGCUAGGAUACUCUGAUCUCUCAGUCUCAAAGAAUAGCAAAUAUGAAUAUGAUUCGGACCUCUCUCCUCCACGAAAAAAGCAAGCAAAAUUCCAUUUUAGAAAUAAAGAGCAUGAUUCUAAAGGCUCUUCACCCAGUCGUAGAAAAUUUCAUUCAAGCUCUUCACCUAGAAGACAUCAGAGUCACACAUUGGACUCUUCUUCCUACCCAAGUGACAGUUGGAAAGCCUCUGAUUCAGAUCUUUCUCCUCCACGGAAUAAACAAAGGUCAGGGCACCAGGAUUCCGAUUCAGAUCUGUCACUUCCACGGAAUAGACCUAAACACCGGAGCUCUGAUUCUGACCUCUCUCCACCAAGGAGGAAACAGAGGGCCAAAUCUUCUGAUUCCGAUCUAUCUCCACCUCGAAGGACUCAGCCUUUGGGAACAAAGGCUGCACACAUGUAUUCUGGGGCUAAAACUGGGUUGGUGUUAACUGACGUACAGCGAGAACAGCAGGAACUCAAGAAACGGGACCAAGAAACCAUGGCAUUUGAAGGUGAAUUCCAAUAUGCCGAAACCAUAUUUCGAGAUAAGUCUGGUCGUAAGAGGAAUUUGAAACUGGAACGUUUACAGCAAAGGAGAAAAGCAGAGAAGGACUCAGAGAGAGAUGAGCUGUAUGCCCAGUGGGGAAAAGGGCUUGUCCAGAGCCGGCAGCAGCAACAAAAUGUGGAGGAUGCAAUAAAGGAAAUGCAAAAGCCUCUGGCCCGCUAUAUUGAUGAUGAAGAUCUGGAUCGGAUGCUGAGGGAACAAGAAAGAGAGGGGGAUCCUAUGGCCAACUUUAUCAAGAAGAAUAAGGCCAAGGAGAACAAGAAUAAGAAAGUGAGACCUCGUUAUAGUGGCCCAGCACCUCCUCCCAACAGAUUCAAUAUCUGGCCUGGGUAUCGCUGGGAUGGAGUGGACAGAUCCAAUGGAUUUGAACAGAAGCGCUUUGCCAGGCUUGCCAGCAAGAAGGCGGUGGAGGAACUUGCCUACAAGUGGAGUGUUGAGGACAUGUAACUUUUCUGGGGCUGUGGGGUUGUUUGGGUUGUGGCAUUAGACACAGGACAGCCAGAUAUCCAGCUGUAACAGUUGUCUAUGCUAAUAAUCAGGCCCACACAGACCAGCAACUCUUUGAAUGCUAGUUUUGACCACUAGCAUUUCAGAGGAAGAAUAUUUGAGACCUCAUGUUUGGACUGAGGCACCUGUGAUGUCUCAAGUGUGCUGACACUGGCUGUUGUUGCUGGCUUUCAGAAGAAACAUUGAUUUCUCAGUGUCCCAGGGUUUGUUCUUGGUUGGGUUUUUUAAUAAACAUACAUUUAUUUUUUUAAAAUCACUUUCUUAACUGGGUUUUCUGUUUUUGGGAAGAAUAUAAGCUAAUAAUGUGGAGCCCCCAGGGAUCAUGGAGGAUAAUGGUUGGAUUUGGAUUUUUCAUUAAUGUAGAAAGUAGUCUCCCCUCUUAUCUGGGAUUUCAUUUUUUUUGUGGUUUCAGUUACAUGUAGUCAACAUGUUUGAAAAUACUAAAUGGAAAAUUCCAGAAAUAAUAACUUUUAAAUUGCCCAUCAUUUUGAGUAGCAUAAUGAAAUCUUGCUCUGUCCCACUCCAUCUUGCCCAUGAUGUGAAUCAUCCCUUUGUCCAGCGUCUCUGUGCUGUAUAUGUUACCCACCUGUGAGUCACCUCGUAUCGUCUUGGUUAUCAGAUCAACUGUUGUGGUAUUGCAGUGAUUAUGUUCAAUUAACCCUUAUUUUACUAAUGGCCCCAAAGCAUAGGAGUAGUGAUGCUGGGCAGUUUGGACAUGCUAAAGAGAAGUUGUAAAGUGCUUUUUUUAAGUGAGAGGUGUGUAUGUAUGUAUGUAUGUAUGUAUAGGAAAAAACAUGGUAGGUAUAGAAUUAGUACUAACUAUGAUAUCAGGUGUCCACUGGGGAUGCUCGAAUGCAUUCUCCGCAGAUGCGGGGUGGGGGGAGCACUGUGUCAGUACGAACGUUCACAGUGGUAGAACUUUUCACUUAGAAAAUAAAAGUUAGUGCUAAACUGGACUUAGGA